CCAGCUCGGGUUUCCUCUCCUCCGCCCAGAGACCAGACAGGGACCAACAUGGCACAGAAGGGUCCCGCCCGCGCCCUGGAGCCCGAGCACGUCCAGCGGCUGCUGCUGUCCUGCCGCGAGGCCAAGAAGACUGCCUACUGCCCCUACAGCCACUUCCCUGUGGGCGCCGCCCUCCUCACUGGGGACGGCAGGAUCUUCUCCGGGUGCAACGUAGAAAAUGCCUGCUACCCGCUGGCCGUCUGUGCUGAACGGACUGCCAUCCAGAAGGCCAUCUCAGAAGGGUACAAGGAUUUCAGGGCAAUUGCUAUUGCUAGUGACUUGCAAGAUGAUUUUAUCUCACCGUGUGGGGCCUGCAGGCAAGUCAUGAGAGAGUUCGGUACCGACUGGGCUGUCUACAUGACCAAGCCUGACGGCACAUACAUUGUCAGGACAGUCAAGGAGCUGCUGCCUGCCUCCUUUGGGCCUGAGGACCUGCAGAAGAUCCAGUGAUGGCUGGAGAACACCUGCCACCUGGGAGACCCUCGGUUCCCAUCAGCACUCAAGGGGACAGCUCCCUAAAGGACUUCGUGAAGAUGUGAUGUUCUUACAGACCUGAAAAUACCUACCACACAGGGCCCCAACCCUACAGGGGCUGGACAGAGAUGGCUUUGCCAGAUUACACUCAAGCAUCAUGUCUUUUAUGGAAUAGAUAGAGGGUCUCACCCCAGCCUGGGCCAGAGCCUCUUCCUACCCCCACUUUGUCCUUCUUAGGCUCCAAACACCACAUCCCUUCUUUCCUUUCCUGUGGGACUCUUUAAAAUUCCAGCCAAGUCUGGGCUGCUUCCCGUUAGCCUUCUCAAGGUUUCAUGCUGUUCUGAGUGACUUUUCUAAUUAUAAAGUUCCCGGAACAUCCUGACUCAGAAGAGCGCAUUUCGCUCUUAUCUCUAUCAUUGCUCGCAGCUCUUGGGAGAGACAGGGUGAUUUGUCUUUAUAGAAAGACCUAGAUACUUUCCACUGGGAGAGUAAACGGGCGUCUUGGAACUGUGUACCCUUUGGUGUAGACAGCUGAGUUCUGAGGCCUCUCCCACCGCGUUCUCCAGGUGGGAGCCCCCUGGGCUGGGCCUCACUGCCAAUUGCCAUUUCGGGAGUCUGGCUUUGACUCAGCUGUCAACCUGAGCACAGGGUGCCAUCCACCCCCAUGGUCGAGACUGAGACAUUCCAAAGUAUAUAGGGUAGGCAUGGAUUUGUAUAAACAGUAUAACAAAUGUUUCUUAGAGGACCUACUAUGUGUCAAAUACUUUUGUGUGCAUUUUUCUAUAUAGUUUUUUUUUUUUUAAUAGUGUUCAACAACUGUGAGGUGGUGUUUUGGAUCAAACUGUGUACACCCCAAAAAUAUGUGUUGGAAUCCUAACCCCUGUACUGGUGGAUGUAAUCCUGUUUGGGAAUAGGGUUUUCUUUUUCAUGUUAAUGAGUUCCUGUCAGUGCAGAGUGAGUCCUAAACCCAAUUACUUCUGAGUUAUAAAAAAAGGCAGAUCAGACACAGAAGCAAGCACAAACCGGGGAGACGGAGGGCACGUGGUGAUCCCCAAGCUCUGGAGGAAUGCCGAGGCUACAGAAGCUGAGAUCGGCUAAGACGAUCCUUCCCCUAGAGCCACGCCCUGAAUUCAGACUUCUAGCCUCCUGAACUGUGAGAAAAUAAAUUUCUGCUCUUUAAAGCUGCCCACUUGUGAUAUUUCUGCUGCAGCAGCAUUAGAUAACUAAGACAGGUAGGUAUCUCGUCAUUCUUACAGAUGAAGGCGCUGGGCUUCAGAGAGGUUAAGGAACCUGCUCUAGGACUUCAGCAAGGCUCAGACCAGAGUACAGUCCCCUUAACUCCCACUAUUGUCUGGAGACAGGACCCAUUUAAAAGAGAAAUAAUCAUGUUGUCAUUGUUAGUUGCUGUCACAUGGAGUCGAUUCUGACUCAUGGUGACCCCAUGUGUGCAGAGUAGAACUGCUGCAUAGGGUUUUCAAGGCUGUGACCUUUCAGAAGCAGAAUCACCAGGCUUGUCUUCUGAGGCACCUCUGAGUGGAUUCGAACCACCAACGUUUUGGUUAGUAGUCAAGCACUUAACUAUAUGUGCCACCCAGGGAUUCGUUAUAAACUAAUCAUAGCUACUACUUAUUAUUGGCUCUUUGCCAUGUACUAUACUAAGGUGCUUGACAUAUAUGAAUACAUUUAGUCUUCACUUAUCCAAGCCGAAAGGUAAGUAUUAUUGCUCUCACUUUACAGAAAAAGGAAAUCGAAACUCAGAAAGGUUAAGUCACUCACCCUAAGUCACACAGCUAAUAUGUGACAGAGCUGGAAUUAGAACCAGGUCUAUCUAAUUCUGUUUGUUUUCUUUUCCCUCAUCCGCCUAUAGCUGAGGGCUGCCCACCUUUAUUUACUUUUAUAUAAGGAGCCCUGGUGGUACAAUGGUUAAGUGCUCGGCUGCUAACUGAAAGGUUGGCAGUUUGAACCCACUCAGAAGCUCCACGGGAGAAAGACCAGGCUGUCUGCUCCCAUAAAGAUUACAGCCUAGAAAACCGUAUGUGGCAGUUCUACUUUGCCACAUGGGGCCGCUAUGAGUAGGAAUGACUCAACUGCACCUAACAGCAACAACAACAUCUUUUAUAUGCCAAAUACUGCAGAGUGAAAGAUGCGUAAGAAACAGUCUCCACCCUUAAGGAACUCACAGUCUGACAGGAAAAAGAAGUAUAAGCAGGUCUAAUGCACAGAAAUACACACUGAUCCAGGCAGGUACCAAAAACAAAGCAUGCUUGGAAGGGGAAGUGCUGCUCUCAGGGAUGUGGGGAGAGUCAGGGAUGGCACUAUUUUGUUGGUAUAUAGGUUACUACUCCCCCCUCCCCACCCCAGCACACACAGAAUUAGGAAGGCCAGGACCAAAUAAAUGAAGAAGCCAGGACUGGCCCCUGGAGAGGGCAGAGAGCUCUGGGUGUCCUGCCCUCCUUGGCCUUGG